UCGCAAGGGCUUUUCUAGAUAUUUCGUAAUUUUCAGGGAUCGUAUUGCAAUUAGGCUAAGUCUUUAGUGACGGUGGAAGCCACCGUGACCGCCAAGCAACUCCGCCGGCGAUGGAUGAAAUCUCAGAAGCUCAGGCGCCAUCAGCCUCCGAUGCCUCGAAAUCCGACCAAGAUUUCGACCCCGAGACCAUGCGCAAGACCAGACCGGGAUUGAAGCGUUUGAUCCUCACUCUAACUGUGCUCGUAUCGUUCGUGUUAGGUCUUCCAUUUUUGUUGAAAUCAGUGGAAAUUUACAGAUCACCGCUGCCGUUCCGAGAAAUCGAUGAUUUGUCGGCCUCGGUUGAGUCAAAUCAUCUGCAUUUUCCAUGCAAGCUUCAAGCAGUUUUUGUAGAUACCCUUGGAUCUUCGCUUUCUGCUGAUGAGUUAUCGGUUUCAAUUGAAUCUCAAAUGAGACAACUUGCCGUGGAAGAUUUCAAUUCCUGUGGCGCUUGCAGUUAUAAUUCCAGUGUUUCCGUGGCCUUAGAAUCCGGCUCUGGUUGUUUCCUCAGCGCCAAUAGUAUGAACUGGAAAUGCGGCGUGUUAAAUGAGCUGAGUAAGUAUGAGGAUUCCGGAAAAUAUGAUGAUAAGUUGUUUGAUGACUAUCUGCAUUCGCUGCUUAAUGAUAGAGGUAACCUCAGAAUUGAUGGAACAGUCUAUACAGUGAUUGUGGUUAGAAGGGGUGAGGAGGAGGGAGUGAGGGCAGUUGUUGGGAAGUAUAGGCAUGCGUGGCUUGUGGGUGGGAUUCCACAGGAGGAUGCUGUUAGGAAGGUGGCAGAGAUUUUUGUGAAAGUGUUUGUUAAUGGAGGAAAAGAAGAAGGUUCGAUUAGCGGGGAGUUUAUGCCUGUGGGGGCUGAUGGCAGGAUUGUGCUUUCCUUCAAUUUGCUGAAUGCCAAUCCACAAGAUUGGACUUUCGACUGGGAAUUCCAAGAGAUGGAUGAUGAACUCUUAGCUCCUAUAGCCAAAUCUUUGAAGCCUCUUGCGGAUAUUAGAGUGGAGAGCCAGGUUUUAUACCACACCCCAAAGUCUUCAUUUUCCAACUUUGAUGACAAGCUGGGCAGCUAUAUUUUUACCAUGAAAGAUCUUCCUUUCUUUGUAAACUCAAAUGAGUGGCAUUUGGAUAGUUCAACUGCAGCUGGAGGGCGCUCGAAGAUUCUCCAGUUUGUGGUAUACGUGCCAUCUGCAUCUGAGUGUCCACUUCAACUGCAGCUCCCAACUGGAGAAAUUUCUGCAACUAAUGGAUAUAUAUCUCCAAUGUGGGGAAGUGUUGUUGUUUGGAAUCCUUCAGCUUGUUUGAAUGAUUCGAAAGUAGAGUCGCAUGUCAGACAAAAAAUUUCUCCUGAGGAUCUGCGAAAAAUUUUUGAAGUCUUCGUAGGUCAGUUGCGGCAACUCUUCAGUCUGAGGUCCAAAGACCACUUUGGUGAUGUAUCAGGGACAUUUCGGCUAUUGACCAGUGAAAGAGGCUUCACUGAAUGGGAAUUGGAUGUUUUGUCACGACAGCACACGUGUUUUAAUCUUCUUCAAUGUGCCACAACUCUUGGAUCACUUUCUCGAUUGGUUCAGUCACUUCCAAGAAUGAUCAUUAAGGAUGAAAUUGGCAAACAGGUAAAGUAUUCACUUGAAGCUGCAAAAUUGGCAUUGAGCAAUAUGUCUGAUGGAUCUUAUGAUGCCUCUGCCGUUUCUUCGAGACAAGCAAGGUCCUUCGCUGAAGACGCAUUUUAUCACCCAUCUAUGAUGUCUGUGAGCUACUACUCAUUUGAGCAUUGUUUUGCUGUCUACUCACCCUUCUUUCUUCCGGUUUCUCUUCACGUGCUCCUCGCUGCCUUGAGAGAAUGGAAAAGAUACAAGCAGGAAACCAGAAAAUAUAAUGCCUGGAAAGUCAAGAAGUUGUAGACAUUUGUGUUAAGCGACGAUAGUCACAAAUCAAGCCCCAUCCCUUAAGAAUGGGCCAAACAAGUGUCUCCAGGUCGAUAUCGACGAAGGAUAUGUCACGGGAUCGAACUUUAAAGGAAUAGAAUCAUGAUUGGCCUCUCUUACAUUUGCUCAAAAUCUUGUAUCUCGUCUUUCUUGCAAAAGUUUGGAUUUUACCUGAUAUGUAAGUCUAGUUUGAUAAUUAUGUCUGAAAUUCAAAUGCAACCAUUUCGUGGAUAUUGGGGGAAUUUUGGUACUAACAAAGAUACCUUUUUUGUGAGUAUUUAUUUUAUGGUCCAAUCUCGUGUGAA